AUGGAAAUCGAUACCAUGAGUGAUCCAAUGCAAGUGGAUAACCAAGAGGAACAAGAAGAUUCCUGUUAUCAAUCAUUCUUCAAUGAACACAAGGAAGUUUCGGAACUGAUAAGAAAAUUUGAACAGCCAGAAUGUUUUGAUACCAUUCAACAAACUUCCCAUUCAAUUCUCAAAAUUCUUUCUAAAUAUAUGGAACAAAGUCAAUUAUUAGAUCCACACUUGACAAAUAUCGUUUCCGAAUUGAUGAGAAUUUCUAGAAAGGUUAUUGGUUUGAAUGAACAAAAGAUGACUUUUGUUGAUUGUAUGCAAGAAAGACUAGUUAGAAUUUGUUUAUUCCAAACCAUUUGUACCUUGACUAAAGUGAGAGGUCACAAAGUUGUCACUAAAUUAUUCCCUCAUGAAAUUGUUGAUUUGGAACCACUCUUUGAAUUAUACAAGAAUGUGUUAUCAUCUGAAUGGGAAACUAAGUAUAUUUUAAUGCUUUGGCUUAGUAUGAUUGUUAUUAAUCCAUUCGACCUUACUGUUGUUGAUCCAUCUGGUCAAUUACCAGUUAACAUGUUGGAAGAAUGUAAACUUCAAUUAUCAGAACCAGGUAAAACAAGAGAUUCAUCAUGUUUAUUAAUUUCUAGAUUAUUAACUAGACCAGAUAUGGCUAAGGAAAAAUUACCAGAGUUUAUUAAAUGGGGAAUUGAAACUAUUUCAGGACCAAAGACAACUACAUUUUUGAGAGCUGGUAUCAUGCGUACAAUUGUCAUGAUUUUCAAGAUUGGUAAGAGAGAUGAAUUGUUAGAUAUUAUUCCACUUAUUUGGGCAAAUGUUACAGCAGAGACUGAUAAUAACAAUACAAUGCUCAGACACUUGAACAUGAAACUCAUUCAAAGAAUUGGCUUGACUCAUCUUAAACCAAGAGUUGUAGCAUGGAGAUAUCACACAACAAGACUCACAUUAAUGCACUUGAAAAAACAAACAUCUCAAUCAAACUCUUCCAACGAAAUGGAAGAUGAUGAAGAUAUUGAAAUCAAUGAAGAAGUUGAGCAAAUCAUCUCACAAUUAAUUAAUGGCCUCAGAGAUAAGGAUACAAUCGUAAGAUGGAGUGCUGCUAAGGGUGUUGGUAGAGUGACUCUGAGACUUCCAAAAUACCUUGGUGAUCAAAUUGUAGAAUCAGUUUGUGAAUUGAUGAAUGCAAAUGAGGAUGAUAGUUCUUGGCAUGGUGCUUCUUUGGCUCUUGCUGAACUUGCUAGAAGAGGCCUUCUUCUCCCAGAAAGAUUACAACAAGUAAUUCCAUUGCUUGAACAAGCUCUCAUUUAUGAUGUCAGAAAGGGAACUCACAGUGUUGGUGCUCAUGUAAGAGAUGCUGCCUGUUAUGUUUGUUGGGCUUUUGCUAGAGCUUAUGCUCCAGAAAUUAUCAAACCUUACAUGAACAAUCUCUCUCAAGGACUUGUCAAGAUUGCCGUCUAUGACAGAGAAGUUAACUGUAGAAGAGCUGCCGCUGCUGCUUUCCAAGAAAAUGUUGGUAGACAAGGAAGCUUCCCUCACGGUAUUGACAUUAUUACAGUUGCUGACUAUUUCUCAUUGUGUAAUAGAAAUAACUCUUACCUCUCUAUCAGUUACUAUAUUGCUCAAUAUCCAGAAUAUUGUCAAUCAUUGAUUUCAUAUUUGGUUGACUCAAAGGUAACUCACUGGGAAAAGUCAAUCAGAGAACUUGCCUCAAGAACAUUGGCCAAACUCUGUGAUAGGGAUGCUAAAUUCAUUCAAGAAUCAAUCAUUCCAAAGUUGAUUGAUAGAUGUGUCGAAACAGAUUUGAAUGCAAGACAUGGUAGUUUAUUUGCAUUGGCUGAGGUAAUCCUUGCUCUCACCAAUUUGGGCGUAACCUUUGACGAAGAUUUGCAAGAUAAGCUCAGAAAUAUUGUUCCAAACAUUGAAGCCAAGAGAUUGUACAGAGGUAAAGGAGGUGAAAUUAUGAGAGAAGCCGUCUCUAGAUUUAUUGAAUGUAUGGCUUUGAGUCAUGUUACUCUUCCAGCCACCAUGACUGUAGCUUCUUCUGUUGGUAAUAGACAAUUGAAGAAGAAGUCUUUGACCAUUUUCCAAGAAACCAUUGAUGAAAACUUGAAACAUCCUAAUAAUGAAAUUAUUGAAAUGGCAGUGGCCUCACUCAAGUCCUUCUCUCACGAAUAUUAUCAUACCAGUCCUGAAUUUGGAGAAGAGGUUGCCAAAAAGUACAUUCAUCAACUUAAUACAGAUAUCAAUCCAGCAACAAGAAGAGGACUUGCACUUGCUUUGGGAGUUUUACCAAAACAAAUCAUGCAAAAUUACUUCAAUCAAGCUAUUGAUGUGCUUAUUAGCAAACUUGAAUUGGAGCAAGAUAUUGAUCUUCAAGAUGCUGAUGCUCGUAGAAAUGCAAUUUAUGGUAUUAUUUCACUUUCUGAAAAUAUUGGUUUGUGCGAAAAUGGAGUCACUGAACAAAAUGCAAGCAAGAUAUUCGAUGCUCUUAUUAAGGGAACAAACGAUUAUGCUGUCGACAAGAGAGGUGAUGUUGGUUCAUGGGUAAGAGAGGCUUCUAUGGCCUCUUUGGAAAGAUGGUUCACUCUCGUCUCACCAACUCCAUUAUUUACUGUAGAAAUGGCCACCUCAUUGAUGUGUUCACUCUUAAAGCAAGCUGUAGAAAAAAUAGAUAGAGUAAGAGAUAAUGCAUGUAGAUCUAUUGUUCGUAUUCUUGCAAAUGAACAUUCUAAGAAUAUUCCAUUGAGAGAAGAAAUUUCCCAAAUAAUUCAUAGCAGUGAUGAUGGAAGCUUGGUUGAUUGGUCUUCUGCUGAAAAAUCAUUCCCUAUUUUCGUCAAACUUCUUCCUUUGGAAAUUUAUAGAUAUAGCUUGUUGAGUGGACUUGUUGUUAGUAUGGGUGGUAUGUCUAGCCAUGUUUUCAAACAUAGUACUACAGCCUUGAUUGAUUAUUUGAAAACCAGUGACGAUAUGUCAGAGAAGAUCUUGACAGUAAUGCUUGAAAUUGGAGUACAAUAUGCUUUGGACGAUAGAGUGAUUGUUCCAUUACUCAAAUCUUACGCUCUUCUCAUUGGUCAUGGUGUAUUUGAAAGAUUCCAACCUCCUCAAUAUGAUUACACUGAAAAGCUCAUCGUUGCUACAACCAAGGAAAUUGUUGGAACAUGUAAGAAUGUUCAAAAGAUUAUGCUUGCAGUCGAUUUAUUCUGUGAAUUGAUCAAGUACAGUAAUCCAACAAGAGAAAAGGCCUUCCAAAGACUCUUUACCUCUUGUUUAUUAAGCAAGUUCCCAAAGGUUCGUGAAUAUGCUGCCAAUCAAUUAUAUGGAGCUUUGCAAGUUUGUGGUGACAUGGUUAUGACCGAUGAACAAUUAGAUGCUGUUCUGGAUAUUUUAUGUGGUACUCCAUGGUUAGAAGGAGCUGCCAUCGUUAAACCAUCAGUCGAAAAACUUUACGAAAUAACUGGAUUCCCAAAACCUAGAGUUGCUCAACCAGCCAACACAACUCCAAAACCACAAGAAUAAAUUACUUUCGCACUUUCCUUGUAAGAAA